UUGUGUUUUAUCACGUAUUUGUAAACAGGAAAGAGAAAUAAUCUGCUGGCUGAUUUGUCUUUAAUGGGGCGUGGUUAAUCCCCCCCACACACUCCUUCCUCCCGCACACACAUAACUUUACAGUGGACCACGGGGCUCACAAAGCGCCGUGCCGACCCUCCAGAGAAGCAGCUACCCAGCCCUCUCCCGGCCAAAGGAAAUGAAGAGGAGGCUACACAAGAAAUACUUGGUUUUGAUCCUGGCAUAUUCAGGUUUACUGUUGCUAAUCCCGUACGUGUUAGAUUACCGGGAUAAAUCCGUUCAACACUCCAAACAUGGACUACCGCAGCAACAGCCCAGAUGCCCAGAUUUGGAGAACACAGUGGCGCUGCUGUGGGAUAACGGUUACAAACUUAACGGCAGCGACGCGACGGAGCACGCAGUCAACCGGAGCCAGUCUCGGAUACACAUCUACCUGCAUGCCACCUGGAGGACCGGCUCGUCGUUUUUGGGGGAGCUGUUCAACCAGCACCCCGAUGUUUUCUACCUGUACGAGCCCAUGUGGCACAUAUGGCAGGCUCUGUACCCGGGGGAUGCGGGCAGCCUCCAGGGCGCAGUGCGGGACAUGAUGAACGCGCUCUACCGCUGCGACUUCUCCGUCCUCAAACUUUACGCAGGCUCCCAAAACAUCACCACCUCGUUCAUAUUCGGCUGGAAGAUGAACAAGGUGAUCUGCUCGGAGCCGCUGUGUGACGCGCACAAACGGCACGAAAUCGGGCUGGUGAAGGAGGACCAGUGCGCAAAGUGCCAAAAGCGGGACAUCAGGGAGCUGGAGAAGGAGUGCAAAAAAUACCCGGUGAUGGUGAUCAAAGGAGUGCGCGUUUUGGACCUGAGCACGCUGGUUCCUUUGAUGAAAGAUCCGGCGAUAAACCUCCAGAUCAUUCAGCUCUUCCGAGACCCGAGGGCCGUGCACAACUCCCGUUUGAAAUCCAAGCAGGCCCUGGUGAAGGAGAGCAUCCAGGUGCUGAGGAGUAAGAAGCAGACCGACAAGUACAAGCGGCUCCUGGUGCCGAACAACAGGGUGAACCGGGCUGAGAGCUACGUCUCCAGCGCCAUGGAGCUCAUCUGUGACAACUGGCUCAGUGACAUGUUGCUGGUGAUGAACGCGCCUCCCUGGGUGAGGAGGAACUACCUCCGCAUCCGAUACGAGGACCUGGUCCUGCACCCCAUGGAGGAGCUCCAGAGGCUCUUCCGAUUCUCUAACCUCUCCAGCUCCUUGGCUCUGGAGAAGUUUGCGCUGAACAUGACGCACGGACAGGGCUAUUCAUCGGACAGGCCGUUCCUGAUAUCAUCAAGGGAUGCAAAAGAGGCUAUAUAUGCCUGGAGGGAGCGACUCAAUGUUGAGCAGAUCAAUCAGGUGGAGGCCUACUGCAGCGAGGUCAUGAGGCAGCUGGGCUAUCAGAAAAACAGCAUGGAGAAAACAACAUGAUGUGCAGUGAGGAAUCAACGGGUUCAGGGGUCUGGUAUUCAACGCUGAGGGCAAAAGGUGGAAUAAAAAAACAAGCAGCUGGAAUGUGGUCCACUGGGAGCUCGCGAGUACGGCUCUUGGGUUGUUAUUUCUUCGACCGAGGCGGGUCAACGAACUGGAGAAAAUCCAAGUGGAGAGAGCAUCCAAUCACAGACACAUGAAUUUUGAGACGGAGGGAGAGAAGGCAGCUUUUUUCUUUUUGUUUCACAGUGUUACAUGUUUAACACCAGCAGGGUCUAAUGCACAUAGAGAGAACGCAGGGAAGGGAAUUAAACAAGAAGAGAGGCUGGUUUGCGCUGCCGUUACACCGGCCGGCCUCUAUCCUUCUGUCCUUUUAGUAGCACUAAUCCCUCCUCAAAUCCCCUGCAGGCGAGUGCCAUAAAAAGCCAGAGAUGGGUCCUUCUUGGGAGAUGACUGCCAGGAUCCAGGGUGGCAGUGACAGUCCGCGCUCACCUGCGUGGCUUUAUCCGUCCUGCCUGCGACUAAGAGUGGCAGUAAUCUUGAGCAUUACUGAUACUUAACUGUAGUAGGCUCACUAACAAUGUCGAUGUAGAGCUUUGAAAGAAGAAACUACAGUAUUUUCUGGAAAGGAGGCCUGACUGAGGAACUAUUGUUCCACCCCCGGCCCCUCAGGAAUCCAGACAGCUGCAGCGCCCCACUGACAAAACACUCACAAGGGUGUGAAAUUUUCUAAUAUCCCACGGACACGUCUUGGAGAGCUGCCUCUGUCCUCCGCCAAUGAACUUCUUUUUAGCAGCUUUUCACAAACACGACAGACGGUACUGAUUCAUUUUGUGUAUUCUUACUGUUUCUAGUUUUUGUCUAAUAUACUGUAAAAUGCUGUGACAUCCCUCCGGCUAAGGAUGUGUGUAGGAGGGGUAGAAGGUCGACCAGCAUCCACGUGUUCAACUUUAGAAGUUGGUUCUGUAAUAACUGUUCUGGGUGGAAUACCUGAAGAAGUUCUCUUGUCAAAGAAGGAAAUAACUUUAAGAUUAUUUAAACUGACCUCAAUAAAGAGCUAGUAAAGACUAGA